AAAGCAAUUGUCAGUUCAUUGAUAAGGAUCUUGACUUGGAUACGAUUAUAUCUAUUUAUUUAAUUGUGCUGGUUGUCUUGAUGCGAGUCGCCGCCAUCAUACGUCAGUAUAGAAAGCGACACGGGAUGAGUGCAUCAUACAGAUUGUUCGGCUUGAGUCUUGCAUUUGCUCUGCUCGCCUUCUGGCUGGGCGGAAUUGGGUCCGCGCAGAGCUUGGUAAAUGAAUCUGCCGGACCCCUGCCGGCAGCCGGAUCCGCCACAUUUUGGCAGCGUCUAAAAGCAAGCGUGUUGGACUUUCAGUGGCAGCAGGCGAAGCCAGAUGUGGAGAGUGCCGCAACAGUUCAGAGGCGACGCGAAAUGUGGCAGCGGCUGACCGUGGCAACUGUUUUGUAAGGAAUGCCGUAGACUACACGGUACUAAUUAAAGGAAACAA